UGGCAUUCCACCGCCAAAGGACACACAGCAUCCAUCGCCGUGAAGCUUCAAUACGCGCAGCCAACUUCAUCACGCUCCUUUCCGCCAAGCCAAGCUCAACUUCUUGUGUCUCUAUUCUCUUCGAUUUCCCCCCCUUCUUUGAUACCGACAGUUUUCUCCGAUUGCAACAAUGGCAGCCAACAAGUACUCGGUCAUCCUGCCGACCUACAAUGAGCGUCGCAACCUGCCCAUUGUCGCCUGGUUGCUGAACCGCACCUUCACCCAGCACAAGCUCGACUGGGAACUCAUCAUCGUCGACGACGGCUCCCCCGACGGCACCCAAGAAGUCGCCAACCAGCUUGUCAAGGCCUACGCCCCGCACAUCGUCCUCAAAACCCGCACCGGCAAGCUGGGCCUCGGCACCGCCUACGUCCACGGCCUGCAGUUCGUCAACGGCAACUUUGUCAUCAUCAUGGACGCCGACUUCUCCCACCACCCCAAGUUCAUCCCCCAGAUGGUCGCCCGCCAAAAGGAGGGCAACUACGACAUCGUCACCGGCACCCGCUACGCCGGCAACGGUGGCGUCUACGGCUGGGACCUGAAGCGCAAAUUCGUCUCCCGCGGCGCCAACCUCUUCGCCGACACCGUUCUGCGACCCGGUGUCAGCGAUCUGACGGGCAGCUUCCGCCUCUACAAGAAGAGCGUCCUCGACAAGGUCAUUUCGAGCACCGAGAGCAAGGGGUACACAUUCCAGAUGGAGAUGAUGGUCCGCGCCAAGGCUAUGGGGUGCUCUGUCGCCGAAGUGCCCAUCACCUUUGUCGACCGCGUCUACGGCGACAGUAAGCUUGGCGGUGAUGAGAUUGUCGAGUAUGCCAAGGGUGUGUUGUCGUUGUGGGCCAAGGUCUAAGGGAGCCAGCCUCCUUCGGAAGAACGAACAUGGAAAAGGGAAUGGAAGAGAAAAUAGAGGUGACACGAUACCGAGAGUUUUUGUUUGCUUCUGGACACAUUUGGCAUGAAUUGGGCGUUGGGGGACGACGGGAAUCCAAAGUACCGAUACCUAAUUAUGAACAAAUCGCAUGAAAUCUACA